AUGGAAGUGAAUUACGAGAAUGGUCUCAAUCUCAAGGAAACGGAGCUCAGGUUGGGGUUGCCGGGAAGUGAGGAGCCCGAGAAACAAACGACCACUAGGCCUAACAAGAGAACUUUAGCCGGAAUAAGUUGCUCCGGCGUGACAGACGAUGGAAACGAUGAUCAUCAAGAAAGUGCUCCUCCUGGAAAAAAUUGUUUGCAAGCCAAGAAAAACGAGGUUGAAGGAGGGGCGGGGAAGUAUGUCAAAGUGAGCGUCGAUGGAGCUGCUUACCUCAGAAAGAUCGAUCUCAAGGUUUAUAGAAGCUACCCUGAACUCCUCAAGGCUUUGGAGAACAUGUUCAAGCUCACUAUCGGAGCAUACUCGGAAACAGAAGGGUACAAAGGAUCUGAAUAUGCCCCAACUUAUGAAGACAAAGAUGGUGACUGGAUGCUUGUUGGAGAUGUUCUUUGGGAAAUGUUCAUCUCAUCCUGCAAGAGGCUGAGAAUCAUGAAAGGGUCAGAAUCAAGGGGUUUGGGCUGUGAUGGACCACCCCCACAAUGA